GUGGCUUCUCGGGCGCUGACGUUUGCCGUCAAUCAGGUUCUGUUGAGGUUCCUAUCACCAGAGUUAUUGGGCGUUUCAGCUCAACUUGAGCUCUUUUCCAUCUCCGUGUUGUAUUUUGCGCGCGAGAGUCUGCGUGUGGCUUUACAACGGCAGGCACAAGGAACGCAGGCAGUCGUCAACCUUUCAUAUUUGGCUGUCCUGUUCGGCACGCCUCUGGCGUAUCUUCUCGCGCUACUAUGGCUGCGAUCCGAUACGCCGCAUGUUCCGUACUUUGUGGAAGCGUUGCUUGUGUAUUGUCUGGCCACGUUCUUGGAAUUGCUCAGCGAGCCGGCAUUUUCGGCUGUACAGCAGAAGCUGCUCUACAAGGUUCGAGCAUCGGCUGAGAGCUCUGCUACUUUGCUGCGCUGCAUCGGUACAUGUGGCUCAGCGAUCUUGGCUAGUCGAGCUGGUCUAGACAUCGGAGUCUUGCCAUUCGCUAUCGGACAGUUGGCGUACGCCUUGGCUUUGCUCAUCGUGUAUUCGUACAAAACGUGGCCUGUUGCGAAGAAUGAUGGCUUUUCGCUGUUCCCGGAAAGAGUUCCAUCAACUCAGGAGAGUCCGACUUUGAUAAACUACUUCUCGGCUCCUCUUUUGCGACUGACUGCGUCUCUUAGUCUGCAAUCGGCUCUGAAGUACGUUCUCACCCAGGGGGACUCUCUUCUUAUAACAACAUUGGCAUCUCUCGCGGAUCAAGGCGCCUAUGCGCUUGCCUCGAACUAUGGAGGCUUGAUCGCACGCAUGCUUUUCCAGCCCAUCGAAGAAAGUAGCAGGAACAUGUUUGCAAAACUAUGCGCCAAUGUAGGAUCGUCGCCUGGAACAGAGAAGAAAGAUCCGAAGAAGUCAAAUGAACAAAAGGACAACCUUGCGCAAGCUUCUAGAGUCUUGUGUACCAUACUUCGUCUUUAUGGAAUCAUCUCCUUGUUUGCAGUCACACUGGGACCUGAACUGGCUCCGGUGCUCCUUUCCAUCGUCGCAGGGCAAAAGUGGUCUGCGACCUCGGCUUCAAAGGUGCUGUCAACGUACUGCUACUACAUACCUUUCCUCGCUAUCAACGGAGUGACUGAGGCUUUUGUAGCCGCGGUGGCCACCAACAAAGAGCUAUAUGCACAGUCCGUUUCCAUGGGCAUCUUCUUCGCACUCUUCGCAGGCAGUGCAUGGUUCUUUAUUGGGAAGCUUGAGAUGGGAGGCAAUGGCGUGGUGCUUGCAAAUACAGUCAACAUGGGUCUGCGUAUCGUCUGGAAUACUUGGUUCAUCAGGAGGUUCUUUUGGAGCAACGGCUCCGAGUUCAAUGUACUCGAGACGCUGCCUUCCCUUACCGCGGUGGCACCCGCUGCCAUCAUACCUACAUUGAUGCGAACAAAACCUGCAAUCGGAUUUGUUGGAAGGUUCGGCGUCCUUGGAGACCUAAUUAGUAUGGGUGCAGUGGCCGGUAUCUACGUUCUGCAUGUUCUUUUCUUCGAGCGGCAGUUUCUUGUUGACUGCUAUGACACUUCCGCCUUCGUCACGGCCGCGGGCGUUGAAGGUUCCUUCCCAGGUUCAUGGUCAUCACCUUGUAUGAUUGGUCGGGCUGCUAGUGCCGAAGUUUUCCUUCGUGCAAGCAGUGGGACACCCCGCUACGUCACCACGAACACAGGAAGUUCACCCCAGAAAACACUGCGCAUCACCGGACACUGUCGCUACAACCUCUCAAGUAAUCUGGGGCAAAUCUGGGGAACCUGCGCUACCAAAAUGGUCACGACAGACGAGUCAAGACACCUCCAUGGGUUGGUUGACAUGGGCAGUAAUGGCAUCCGCUUCUCAAUCACCGAACUGACGCCAGGGACACAAAGAAUUUUGCCGACUGUGUAUCUGGAUCGGGCAGCUAUUUCAUUAUAUGACGCUCAAUACGAAAAUGGCCAAGUCGUGCCGAUUCCAGAAGCUACGAUCAAGCAAGUGGUCAAGUCCCUGUUGCGUUUCAAAGCGACGUGUGAAGACUUCGGCGUACCCGAGAAGCAGAUUCGCAUUGUAGCUACGGAAGCUACCAGAAAAGCUAGCAAUUCUGAGGACUUUCAAAAUACGAUCAAGGAUGCUACUGGCUGGACCGUUCAACUUCUGUCGAAAGAGAUGGAAGGCCGGGUCGGAGCGUUCGGUGUAGCAAGCUCAUAUCAUAGGCCAACAGGGCUCAUGAUGGACCUAGGUGGAGGCUCUACGCAGAUCAACUGGAUGUCUAGUCGGGUCGGUUACGAUGAAAUUGAAAUGUGCGAGAAAGGAAGUGCAAGCCUUCCGUACGGUGCUGCUGCUCUUACGAAGAGGCUUGAAGAAGCAGGCUCUCCCGACAGCGAUGCUUUCAAGACGUUCGAAAGUCAAGUUCUCAUGGACCUCAAAGCUGCAGUUCGAGACAUAAAGAUACCACAGCAUCUGCUUGAUCGUUCACAUUCACCCGAAGGCCUUUCACUCUAUCUGUCUGGCGGUGGCUUUCGUGGCUGGGGCUUCGUACUCAUGUCGGAGCAUGCAAUCCAACCAUAUCCCAUACCUAUCAUUAACGGGUUCCGUACCACCAAGGAUGCAUUCCUUGAUACUCAGGCUAUACAAGCUGCCGUUCAAAAAGAGGAUACUCCUGAAAUCUUCCGUGUAUCGGCUCGCAGAGCAAGUCAGGUUCCAGCAGUAGCUUUCCUGGUGAAUUGCUUGUCUAAAGCACUACCGAGUAUCAGGGACGUAUACUUCUGUCAAGGAGGUGUAAGAGAAGGCAUGUAUUUCGCCGAGAUGAACCCAGCAAACUGGUCGGACUGGCCCUUAGUGGCUGCCACAAGAUCGCAUGCCAAGCCGUCGAGCCAUGAGUUUGUGGAAGUUUUGCAAAGAGCCAGUAUGUCUAUGCCAACAGCGUCGCACCAAGAAUUGUUCAGCAUCGGUAUGACGAGAGCAUUCGCCUAUACUAUGUUUGCACACAUGGCUCAAGUCAAGGAUCUGCGAGCUGGAUCUGCGCUUCGAAGCACUACCACCGGAUUGUUUUCCGCCGCACAUGGUUUGAGUCACGAAGACCGCGCGAUACUUGCCAUCUUCCUCUGCGAGCGCUAUGGCGGUUACAGUUCAAUAAGUCCUACGGAGCAGGACUUCUACCGCCGAAUGCUGCAACUCGUGCCAGGACACUUGCAAUGGUGGUGCAUGUAUACUGGUCGCGUUGCUGCAGUUUUGGCCAGCAUAUAUCCUGCGGGUGUGGUUCGGGAGAAGAGAGUGGAACUGACUUCCCAAUGGACGACGACAAAGAAAGGAAACGAGAAGUUGUGUGUAGACUUCAAGUUUAGUAAGGAACCGGAUGAACUUGACGAAGGGCUCAAUGCAGCACUGAGAAAGGUGGAAAAGGCGGGAAAGAAGAAGAGCUGGAUAGGAGGACGCGGAUACAAAGUGGUUUUGACGAUCAAUGGCAAGGAAUACAGUGAGGAUGAUUAA